GUGUGUGUGUGUGUGUGUGUGUGUGUGUGUGUGUGUGUGUGUCGGGAGUAGGAAGGGAUUGAGGCUGCGUUCCUGCAGCUAACCCCCAGCAGCUCAGCUCUGUGGUGUCACCGGGAAACAAGCGACCAUCCAGGCUGAGGCAGCCCAGAUCUGUUCUGCUUCCUGUCUGAAAUAAAAGGGAAAGGACCAGCUGUGGUUCCCCCUCUUUCCUCUGUUUCUUUUUCCACUGUGGAUGGACUGUCAUCCUCUGCUCAGACAGCCAGACAGAGGCUCACAACAAGCUCACUAUGUGAAGGGCAUAAGGAGGGAGGUGGCGAGCAUGUGACUGGAGAAUGGCUCACUAUAAGGAUGUAACUGUCAAAAAGAGCUCUUCUCUUAACUUGGUGACGGGAUUCUUUCAGUAUCUCCGUGAUGAGCAAGAAGCAGUACAGAAGAGAACUUUUACUAAAUGGAUCAAUUCCCACUUGACAAAGCGUAAACCACCUCUAGAGGUCACCGACCUUUUUGAGGACAUCAAAGAUGGGGUGAAACUGUUAGCUCUAUUGGAGGUGCUGUCUGGACAGAGACUGCCGUGUGAGCAGGGCCGCCAGUUGAAGAGGAUCCACUGGGUAUCCAACAUCGGCACCGCCCUCAGGUUCCUAGAAGGCAGGAAGUCUGUGUACCGAGGAUCCCCGAUCAAGCUAGUCAACAUCCAUGCCACUGACAUAGCAGACGGUCGACCAUCCAUUGUCCUGGGGUUGAUUUGGACUGUCAUCCUCUACUUCCAGAUCGAGGAGUUGACCAGUAACCUGCUAGCCCUGGAGGCCCUGUCCAGCAGCACCUCCUCAGUGGACAGCAUGGCCAGCAGCUCAGAGACAGGCAGUCCCGCCUUAAAGAGGGAGGUGGCACCCAAGAAGUUCCAGGGCAAUGCCAAGAAGGCCCUCCUCAGAUGGGUACAGAGCACUGCUGCCAAUGGUCAAGGCAUCGAGGUAAAGGACUUUGGUGCCAGUUGGCGUAGCGGUGUGGCGUUCCACUCUGUGGUCCAUGCCAUCCGCCCAGACCUGGUGGACAUGGAGGUGGUGAGGAGGAGGAGCAACCGGGAGAAUCUGGAGGAAGCCUUCUCAUUGGCCGAGAACGAGCUGGGCAUACCACGCCUACUGGACCCAGAAGACGUGGAUGUAGAUAAACCGGAUGAGAAGUCCAUCAUGACAUAUGUUGCUCAGUUCCUCAAGCACUACCCCAACCCCCACCACUCUGAGACAGAUGGACAGGGAGAAGAGUAUGUUCCUCAGGAUAUAGAGCAAAUGCUCCAGAGAGAAGAACGGAAGGUUCUGAGGGAGCUGAAGGUGUGGCUGGAACAGUUGGAGAGAGACGUGCUGCAAGUGCAGGGGUCAGAGGGCAACAUCACUGACAAGUACCAGGGCUUCAAGAGUUUCCGUGUGCAGUUUGAGAUAAAGAUGAAGCAGACAGAGCCGCUGCUGCAGCCGGUACACAAAGAUGGAAAGUUGUCUGUAGACCAGGCCCUGGUCAAGCAGGCGUGGGAACACAUCUCUAGCACGCUCCUGGACUGGCACAUCCAUCUGGAUAAGUCGUUGCCUGGCCCCCUGGGGGUGAUCGGAGCCUUGCUGCAUCGAGCUGAGAUCGCCCAGAGAGAGGAGAUUCCCAUUCAACAAGCCCAUGAAGAGACAGCCAAUGUGAUCCAGAGGAAGCUGGAACAGCACAAGGAGAUCCUGAAGAACUUGGAGUCCCACAAACAGACGUUCCAGCAGAUCCACCGAGAAAGAUCAGUAAACGGGGUCCCUGUCCCCCCUGAACAUCUCCAAGACAUGGCUGAAAGAUUCAAUUACGUGUCCACAUCAUCUUAUGCCCACCUGAUCAAACUGGAAUUCUGGGAGAUCAAGUACCGUCUGAUGGCGUUUCUCAUCCUGGCUGAGUCUAAGCUCAAGUCCUGGAUCAUCAAAUAUGGCCGCCGUGACUCUGUGGAACUACUGCUACAGAGCUACGUUACCUUCAUCGAGGGACACAUGUUCUUCGAACAGUAUGAGACAACAUUUAAGGCACUCAGGCAAUCUGCAGAUGUCUACGUCAAGUCUGAUGGUUCAACUGAGGAAGCGGAGGGUGUGGGUAAGUUCCUGUCGGAUGCGUCGGCCCAGUGGAGGAACCUGUCGGUGGAGGUGCGUAGCGUCCGUAGCAUGCUGGAGGAGGUCAUCUCUAACUGGGAGAAGUACAGCAGUACGGUGGCCGGACUGCAGGCCUGGCUGGAGGACGCGGAGCAGAUGCUCAACCAGUCAGAGAAUGACAAACGGGACUUCUUCCGGAACCUUCCUCACUGGAUCCAGCAGCACCUGGACAUGAACGAUGCAGGGAACUUCCUGAUUGAGACGUGCGAUGAGACCGUCUCCAGAGACCUGAAGCAGCAGCUGCUCAUUCUCAACGGGAGGUGGAGGGAGCUGUUUGUUAAAGUCAAACAUUAUGCUAGAGUGGACGAGGUGGACAAGUGGAAGCAGGACUAUCAGGACUGUAUCGCUACUCUCAAAACUUUUAUGGAUGCAACCAAUGACAAGAUGACUGCCCCUGUCCAAGUGUCCUUCCUGAACGUCAGGACAUUCGUUCAAGAUGUUGAGGACAUCAAGAACAAGGUCCCGGCCAUGGAGGCAGCCUGUAAGACAGCCAGCCGCACCGCCCAGCUGCUGAUCAAAGACACGCCCGCGGAGGAGGUCUCUACCAUGCUGGCUGCCAUGGCUUCUAUCAAGGAGGAGAUGAGCAAGAUAAAGGAGCGGUCUCUGCCGCUGCUACGGGAUGCCCAGUCCCUGCUGCCUGCUCUGGAGGAGAUGGAGAAGAACAUCACAGGGUUCUACCAGGCCCUGGAGAAGGCCAGCCGCAUCACUUGCUCCAGGGACUCGGAGGCCCACAGGGACUUCAAACAGAAAUGCCAGGAGCUGGUGACCUUCACCCAGAGCUGUAAGAAGUGUCUGACUGUGAUAGAGAAUAACCAUCAGAGUGUCCAGAGAACCCUGGACAGCAGUAAGACCCUAAAGCACCUGGACAUGGCCCUGCUGCAGAAGAGAGUCGCCGACCUCCAGGCCUCCUCACAGGCAAUGAUCAACGAGUCUACUGAGUGGAAGAAUCACGUGGAGGCCAACAGCAGCUUAAUGAAGAGGUUUGAUGAGUCCCGUGGCGAGCUGGAGAAGGUGCUGAAAGUCGCUCAGGCUUUUCUAAAUGAGAGAGGCAACCCAGAAGAUCUGCUAAAAAAACACACGGAGUUCUUUGGGCAGCUGGACCAGCAGGUCCUCGAUGCGUUCCUGAAGACCUGUGAUGAACUGACAGACACAGUGACUAGGGAGGAGCAGCAGAGUCUGCAGGAGACAGUCAGGACACUGCACACACACUGGAAGGAUGUCCAGACAGAGGCUCCCUACCACCUGCUUCAUCUGAAGGUAGAGGUGGAACGGAGCAAGCUAAUGGUCUCCAUGCAGGAGUGUCAGUCAGAGCUGACCAGAGAGAACAGACACCUGGUUGGCAUGGGGAGUGAGAGGCUGAUCAAGGAACACAGGGACUUCUUCAGGGAGAAGGGUCCUCAGUCUCUGUGUGAGAAGAAACUACAACUGAUAGAGGAACUGUGUCAGAAGCUUCCAGACAGCAACCCAGCCCACCAGACCCUGGACAGCUCUAAGAAGGCCUACUCUGAGCUCUGGGAGGAGAUAGAUAGCACCCAUCACAAUCUGAUGCAGCACCCUGAUAAGUGGGAGGAGUUUAACACCAGGUUCUCCGAGUUGUCAGCCUGGCUUUCGUCUAAAGAGAGCCAACUCAGACUGCUCAGGGACAGAGCCAACGACCCCAGCAAGCACGGACAGGUCAAGGCCACCAUCACAGAGCUGAGGAACGAUGCAGAGCUGCAGGAGGGGAACCUGGGCUGGCUGAAGUCCCGGCUGGCUGUGCUGAUAGAGAUCUGCUCCGAGAAGGAUGCACAGAGUCAGGCUGGGGCAAUCAAUAAACUUUCCACCAACUUCAAGGGCCUCCUCUCCUAUCUCACUGAGUCUGAGAAGGUGGUGCUGGCGGUGGGGGAUUGUGUGCAGUUCAGGGAGGAGGUGCGUGGUGCACUGGAUGAGCUGGUGCAGGGUCAGCAGGAGGUACACCUGGAGGUGACCAGGAUACUGGACUCUGAGACCGUCAGGGAGGCACAGCAAUUGCUCCAGGUUCACCAGCAACAGCUGAAGCGUCUGCGUAUGAAGAGGAAGGAUGUGCAGCAGCAGAUUGCUAGGGGCCGUCAGCUACAGGCUGAGGAGGGGCUGGGGGAGACCUUACAGCUGGACCUGCAGAGUCUGGAGACAACACUCAGCAAUAUGGACCACACCUUGGACUCACAGGAGCAGGAGUUAGAGGUGACUCUGUCUUCGUGGCAGGAGUUUGACAGCCAGCAGAGGACAGUGCAGGAGUUUGUUACUAGGGCGCUCUCUGUCAUGGACAGAGACCUGAACUUUAGCAGCCCAGAGAGCCUGGCUACUGAACUGGACCAGGCCAGGGUGCUUUUAAAGCAGAGUGAAGCCGAAGCCUGCAUGGUGAACACCCUGUUGAGGAAAGCAGCAGAGAUCCAGCUUGGCCCAAAGAACACCACCUUGCUACUGGAGCAAGCCCGCUCCCUCAGCGAACAGCUGGACAAAGUGGAGGCUGGCCUCAAGAAAGACACCAAGGCUCUUGAUGGGAUGAAGAAUCAAUGGACUCGGUUUGGGACAGAGUUUGAGGCCUUCUCCUCGUGGAUCUCUGAGAAAGAGAAAGAAAUGGACGCUCUAAAGAGUUCUGCUGCUCCACUUGGACAACAGAUCAACACAGUAAAGGCCGUGGGUGUGGAGCUGGGGGACAAGGCAGAGGUGUUAUCCCAGCUAGAGGCCCACUCCCAGGCCCUGGCCCAGUUCAUCUCCUCUGGGGAGGCAGCACGUAUCAAGGCUCGGCUCACCCAGAUCGGCAGAUACUGGGAGGAGCUCAGGGAGAGUGUGGAGCAGCUAGAAGGACUGCUGCAGGAGAGCGCCUCCACACAGCACCGCUUCAACACCAGCCUGGAAGAGGCCAAGACAACACUUGGUGAUCUCCAUAAGAAACUGGACCAUCCUGUCUCUUCCUGUACCUCCUCGUCAGAGACCUACAAAUGUCUCCAGAACCACAUGGAUGUGUCCCAGAGCUUGGAGAGCCUGAAGGCAGCCUUGUUGCCCCUGUCUGCUGGGGCACGUAGACUCAGUGACAGGGAGCAGGCUGAGAGGGCCGUGGCAGCUCUACAGACCAGCUAUGACCAGAGUCUAGGGCAGGCCAAAGAAAAACAGAACACACUGGAGAAAGUGCUGUCUCUAUGGCAAAAGUAUGAGAAGGAUCGUUCUAGCUUUGUAUCCUGCUUGGAGAGAUGUGAGUCUACAUCCAAACCUGAGAGCCAUUGCCUGCCUGCAGAUAAAACCAAGCUGGAGAGUGAGCUGCAGGACCUGCAGAACUUGCAGUCUGAGGUGGUGUCGCUGGAGCCCCUCCAUGAUGGCCUGGUGGCCUCAGGGACAUCCCUGUAUCCCACCGCCCCAGAGGAGAAGGCAAGGCAGCUCAGUGAUGACCUGGAGCAGCUGAAGAAGAGAUGGAACUCCCAGAAUGAACUCAUCCCUCACAGAAUCAAGGAGCUCCAGAGCCAGCUGUUCCAGGUGGAGCAGUAUGACCAGUCCUUGUUGAAGUUCUCUCAGUGGUCUGAGAACCUCCUCUCCACCCUCCACUCAACCUCCCUGGUCAACAUCACUGACCUGCAGCCUGCUGUGGCGCAAGUCAAGGAAACACUAGCGGCUCUUCAGAAGCAGAGUAGUGUGAGGGAGAGCUUGGAGCUCCAGACAGAGGGGCUGUGUGCCUCGUGUGAACCCCAGGAUGCUCAGCUCCUCCAGGGGAGACAGGUCAACAGCCUACAGCCCUACCUGGAGGUCCAGCAGCUGGCUGAGCUCCGGCUGGACUGCCUGGGGAAGCUGGAGACCUUCUUGGAGACCCACGGUGCGGCUGUGGGGGUACUACGAGGCUUGAGGCAUACGGUGGAGAGUUCAGGGAGCUGGGACCAUGGUCGGGUGGAGGAACUACAGAGAGAACUGGAGGCCAUCGUCCCAGACAUCAGCAGUCUGGAGACCCUGGCAGCCGGCCUGGACAGCAGCCUCUGUAAAGGCCACCUCCACAUGGUGAGCGGUGUGGAUGGGUCUGGGUCCCGGACGUUGUGCCGGGUGCUUGCUGAUGGUCUCAGCGGCGAGCUGGACACAGUGAGGAAUCUGCUUGGGACCAAGCAGAGCGAGGCAGAGGCCCUGGGAGCGCUAUGGAGCUCCUUCAGACAGAGGAAGGAACAGCUGUUGAAAAGCGUGGAGGACAUCAAGGAGAAGGCGGACCACCAGAGCCUGAGAGAACCCAGCCCACUCGCCCUGCAGCAGAGGCUGCGGUUCUUUAACCAGCUGGAAGAUGAGCUCCAGUCUCAAGAACACGAGGAGCAGUGGCUCAGGGACAAGGGUCAGCAACUAGCCCAGAGAGAUGCAGAGCUGGCCGGGGAGGUUCUCAGGGAGAUCAGCCUCUUGGAAACCACCUGGGAGGAUACCAAGAGACUCAUAACUGACAGGCAGGAGCAGUGCAGUGUUCUGGUGGAGCUGAUGAGAGAAUACCAUAACCUGAGGACAUCCAUAGCCGUCACCAUGGAGAACACUGAGGCUGACAUCGGCUCGGCUCUGAAAGACCACGAGGAGACCAAAAAAUCGCUGGCUAAGCAUGAAGCAGUGAAGGCAGAGAUGUUGGCCAAGCAGAGUGAGCUGGACCAGUUCUCCAGUAAAGGAAAACUUCUGCUGUGUGAUCUGAAGAAGAUCCCAGACUGUGAGGCUCAGCUGAUGACGACAGACAUGCAGACUCUAGUAGACCAGUGGCUCGAGGUGUCUGAGAGGAUUGAAAACAACAUUGAGCAUCUGAGCCAGAGCCUGGCGUUGUCGGAUGACGUGCAGCAGAUCAGUGAGGAGAUCGAGGGCUGGACCAACAGCUCAAUGAUGGAACUCAGUGAAAGCCUGAAUAACCUCAUUGGCAGCCAGAGAAUGGAGACCAGACUCUCUGCGUUACAGUUGGAGAUGGGGAAGAAAGAGCACCAGCUUGUGACCCUGCAAGGGAAAGUGUCAGAGCUGAAGCAACUCAACUGUAGCCAGGACACUCCCGCCAAACUACAGGUGCUGGAGGCGGACCUGAAGAAAAAGCUGAGCCAGGUGCAGAAGCUAUGUGAGCAGGCCAGGGGAAACCUCAGGGACUUCAGCUCCCAGAGGAAGCAGUUAGAGGACUACAUUACCCAAAUGUCUGAUUGGCUGAAGAGCUUAGAGCAGUCCCUGACGAGCUCACCGAUUGGCUCUGACCUAGAGGACAUCUGCAGAGUCAAGGACCUCCAGAAGGACCUUCAGAACCAGCAAGGCAGCAUAGAUUCCACCAGGGAGAGCUUGAACACUCUGUGUCGGAAGUACCCUUCUGAGGAGCUGGCUGGGCUGGGUAGAGCACUCACUGACCUUAUCAAGGGCUAUGAGUCUGUCAACCAGCUUUCCUCCAGGACCCUGGCCUCACUGCAACACGGCCUGCAAAAACACUUCAACGAGCUGGUUCGGGAGUUCCAUAGCUGGCUGUCUGGGCAGAGGGAGGUCGUGAAGGAGUGCUCUGACCAAUCAGGAGACACUAGCAUCGUGGAGCGUAAACUCCAGAAGCUAAAGGGGGCGCUGGAGCGUGUGGAAGACGGGGAGAUACGUCUGACUCAGGUGUGUGAGGAAGGGGAGAAGCUCCUGCUCCACCUCCCUAAGGCCAGUGCUGGCCAGGUGCAGCAGCACCUCUCCUCCAUCCAGCAGGACUGGGACCGCUAUGUUGAGCAGUGUAGACUCAACCAGCAGGCCCUGGAGGACAGCACUACACAACUCAAUGGGUUUGAGGGGCGUCUGAAGAGGCUGAGGCAGUGGCUGGAACACAUGGAGCAGAGGGUGACCUCAGAGCUGCCUGAGGAGAAACACAGGGGUCUUGAGAAGGCAACACUGGAUGGGGUGGAGGAAUACCACCAGGAAGUGCUCAAAGAGAGGGACUCUUUCGAGCGACUGUGUCAGGAGUCACAGGUCUUGAAUGAAGGUGGACGGGGCGACGGUGGCGAGACGCGGGCGGCUGCAGGGCUGCAGUCUCAGCACCAGGCUCUGCUGCGGAGGGUGAGGGAGAGGCUGAGGUGCUGCCAGGUAAACCUACAGGAACAGGAAGCAUUUAAGGAGACCCUGCAGAGCACCUGGUCCUGGCUAAACAGGAUGAAGGAACGACUGGGCAACCUCAAUAGUACCCUGGGGAACAAGGUGACGCUGGAGAAGAGACUGGGACUGGUACAGGACAUCCUGUUGAUGAAAGGUGAGGGCGAGGUGAAGCUGAACAUGGCGGUAGGGAAGGGCGAGCAGGUUCUGAAGCACCACAGUGUGGAGGGUCAGGAGGCAAUCUGCUCCCAGUUACAGAACCUGAAGGACGCCUGGGCCAGCAUGCUCAUGACCUCCAUGAGUUGUCACAGUCGUCUGGAAUGGACGGUAGCCCAGUGGAGUAACUACCAGGAUAGUAAGGGGCAGCUGCAGCAGUGGAUGGAGUCUGUGGGGCAGGAGGUGGGUUUGGCCCUGGACCAGCAGCCAGGCCUGAAGGAGAAGGCCUAUCUCCUGGAGCGUCUCAGAGCCCUCCAGGCUGACGUGGAGGCCCACGCAGCACCACUGGCCAGGCUGACAGAGACGGCUGCAGAGCUGCAUGAGAAGACAGGUGACCAGGCCUUUGGACCAGAGCAGAGAAUGGAACUCAAUGCACACUUCGCUGACAUUACCGCUGUCGUCAAGGGUAAGGUUCAGGCCAUGGAGAACAGAGUGACAGAGCAUGAGCACUAUCUGGAAGCUGUGAGGGACUUCAAUGAUUGGCUGGCCUCUGCCAAGGAGGAGCUCCAGCGCUGGUCUGACCUGUCAGGAGACUCCACCUCUGUAAACAGGAAACUUGCCAAAGUUCAGGAGCUGAUAGACUCCAGGCAGCGUGGCCGAGAGCGUCUGAGCCGGGUGCAGCGUUGUGGGGCUGCAACGAGGGACCACACUGGCUCCGCGGGCUUCGAGGCAGUGGAGAGGGAGGAGGCAGCCCUGCUGUCUGCCUGGGAGCAGUGGGAGCGCGGGGCAUUGCAGAACAGGGCAGGCCUGGAGACUGCUCUCUCCCAACUCGCCAGCUCCGAACAGGAGUUUAACUGCUUGGCUGCUCAGCUGGAGGUGGACCUGCAGGAGUUUAGCAGUCAGCUACAGGAGUGGAGACACAGGCUCUCUCAUGCAGAGGGGAAAAACAGUAGAGAGGAGGCUGUGAAGGGCUGGCAGAUUGCAAAGGACACUCUGGAAGGUCUAGUCAAAAUGGAGCCCAUGUCAGACAGUCUGAAGUUCCAGCUCAACGGUCUGUGUCGGUUCUCCAAGGACCUGGGUACUCAGUCAGAGAGAGUGUCCUCCCUUAUCAAGGAGUACAACAGGCUGAGCCUGCAGACCUCCAGAGAAUGCCAAAACAAAGAGAAGCUUCUGGAGCAGGAGUUCCGUGCCGCUUUCCGAGAGUUCCAGCAGUGGCUGGUCAAUGCCAAAAUCAACACAGCCAAGUGCUUUGAUGUGCCUCAGAACCUCAGUGAGGCCUCCUCCAGCCUGCAGAAGAUACAGGAGUUCCUGAGUGACAGGGAGCAGGGCCACUCCAAACUAAAUGCUGUGGUGCUCAGUGGUGAGCUGGUGGUCAGUAUCGCUGCCAAGGACAGAGUAGAUGCUGUCCGGGCCAAAAUGAGCAGUGCCAGAGAAGACUGGAAGACUCUGAUGUCCAACUUACACCAGAGGGAGACUGCCCUACAGAACCUCCAGUCUCAGAUGAAGGACUUUGAGGCUAGUGUGGAGCCUCUUCAGGAGUGGCUGAACGGGACAGAGGUUGCUGUACAGGAGAGCAGCACACGACUCCAUGACCUCACUGCCAAAAAGCAGGAGUUGCACAAGCUGCAGUCUGUGCUCGAGGAGUUAGCCUCUCAAGAGGUUCAGCUGAUCAGGCUCAGAGAGAAGGCCCAGCUACUGUGGGAUGGACAUGCGGCCAGAAAGAGCUUUGUCCACCGUGUCUCGCAGCUCUCCGCUCAGUACUUAGCUCUAACCAACCUGACCAAGGAGAAGGCUUCCCGUAUCGACCGUAUCGUCACUGAGCACCAGCUGUUCUCCCAGGGGCUGAAAGAGCUGCAGAACUGGUUGGCCGACACCAGCCACAUGCUGCAGACCUACCGCACUCCCACAGCAGACAAAAAUGUCCUGGACAGCAGGAUGAUCAAGCUGGAGGCGUUGCUGACAGCACGUCAGGAGAAGGAGAUCCAGCUGAAGAUGCUGGUCACCAGGGGAGAGUCUGUCCAGAGGAACACAUCAGUAGAGGGUGUACCAGUAGUCUGCAAGAACAUCCAGGACCUCAAAGAAUCCUGGGAUACCCUGCUUUCCGCCUCCAUCCAAUGCAAAAGCCAGUUGGAGGGAGCCCUCUCCCAGUGGACCAGCUACCAGGAGGACGUGUGUCAGUUUGUGGGCUGGGUGGAGCAUGUUGAGGAGAGCCUGGACCCAAGAGACAAACAAUGCUCUGAGAUGAGAGACAAAACUGCCAACCUGGGCAAAGCCAAGCUUCUCUAUGAGGAGGUUCUUAGCCACAAGAGGCUACUGGACACCAUCACCGUGAAGGGAGCCAACAUGGCGGAACACUACGUCACCCAGCUAGAGCUCCAGGACCUGCAGGAACGAUACCACACCGUCAAAGACAACACCAAGACUGCGGUGGGGAAGGCAGAAGAGCUGGUGCAGAUCCACCAGGAGUACGAGAGAGGCCUAAAUGUGUUUGAGGCGUGGCUGGAGCAGGAGCAGGAGAAACUGGGCUGCUACACACAGCUAGAGGGGGAUGUGGCCACUCUGGAGGAGACGCUUCAGAAACUACAGGAGCUGCAGGUCCAGUGCACAGAGGGCCAGGCCCUACUCAACACCCUGCUGGACAGUAGAGACCAGGUUGUGCCCUGGGGUGUCCCCCAAAUCGAGGACCGGGUCCUGGAGACCUUGCAGCAGAACUGGAAUCUGUACCAGGGUAAGCUAGGAGACACCAGGACCCAGCUCAACAGUACCCUGGCCAAGCUCCGCCAGAUGGAGCAAAAGUUUCAGGGUCUGGACAGCUGGCUGAAUAGCAUGGAGAGCAAAGGUCAACUGAGGAGUCAUCGCCGGUCGGACCGUGCCACCAAGGACGCUCAACUCCAACUGAUAAAGAGUUGGCAGGAGGAGGUGCUAGUGUACCAGGAGGAGGUGGAGGGUCUGAGUGUUCUAGCCCAGCAGGUCAUAGAUGAGACCCACAUCAGCAGCCGGGUCAGCACCAGAGCUACCCAACUCACCUCCCGCUACCACGCCCUGCUACUGCACCUACUGGAGAGCAUCAAGCAACUACAGGUGGAGGUGUGUUGCAUCGAGGAGGCCCAGAAUGUGUUCAGGACCUUCUCUGAUUGGCUGAGCUCGGCCAAGAACAACUUCAGCACCAUGGCCAUCAGCAUCAGUGUAGUAGACCGUCUUACCAUGGAGAGGAAGAUGAAGACACUGGAGGCUCUUCAGGGUGACAUGGAGCAGGGCCACAGCUUCCUGAAGACGAUGCGUGAGAAGACAGAGCGGGCCGUGGCCUUCCUGGAGGAACCAGAAGCUGAGCAGCUGAGGGAGAAGGUGGAUGCUCAUAGAUCCCAGCUAGAGGGCCUGAUGGCUGAGCUACGCACGGAGCACAACUCCCUGGAGAAAUGCAUCUCCCUCUCCAAAGACUUCCGGGACAAGUACAAGGCCCAGGCACAGUGGCUCGCUGAGACCAAGGCUUUGUUAAGCUCACCCAUCGAGCUCAAAGCUGAGCUCUACCAGAAGAAGGCCCAGUUAGCCAAAUAUAAGACAAUCCAGCAGACAGUGCAUUCCCACGAGUCAGCGGUGAGGUCAGUGGUUGAGAAAGGAGAGGUUCUGCUGGAUAUGGUCUGUGACCCCACCAUCAGAGACAACAUGAACAGGUUGCAGACUGACUACCAGGAACUCUGCACUGCAGCCAAGAGCCAAGUCCAGAGUCUGGUGGAGUGGGUGAAGGAGCAUGAGUGCUACAACAGUGAGCUCCAGGAGGUGGAGAAGGGGCUCCUACAGAUGUCCAGUAGGCUGGUCACCUCAGACUCCAUGCAGACAUGUAGUAUGGAGACGGCCACACAACAACUGGCCCGCCACAAGGCAAUCAUGGAGGAAAUAGCUAGUUUUGAGGAGCGCCUGACCAGUCUGAAGGAGAAAGGAGAUGACUUGGUGUCCAGCUGUACAACAGACCAGAUGCAGGCUAAGACCAGCCAGCAGGUCAAGGCUCACCAUCAGGGCACCAGAGACAGCUACUCAGCCAUCUGCAGCAGCGCACAGUGUGUUUACCAGAGUCUGGACAGAGAACUGCAGAAGCAUGUCAGUCACCAGGACACUCUGCAGCAGUGCCAGACCUGGCUCUCCACCGUCAAUGAGGAGCUACUGCUGCACUGUCAACCUCCCUUUGGCAUGCAGGAGGCCCUCAAACAGGUGAAGCACUACAGGGCUCUACAGGAGCAGGCCAGUACGUACCUGGACCUGGUGUGUUCUGUGUGUGACUUGUCUGAUGAUGCUGUGAGAGCCACCACUGCGGAAGUCCAGCAUGUCAAACACACGAUGGAGGAGAGGAUGUUGAGCUCCCAGGAGCUAUGUGAGGGCUGGAGGGAGAUAAAGGAGCAGAAGCAGGAGCUAUCUGAUCAGUUCCAGGACAUGGAGCAGCAGCUUCUCAGCCUCUCCAGAAGACCAGCGGAGCUCGAGACCAAGAUCGCCCUCAACAUGCUCACCCAGGCCAAGGAGUUUAGCCAACAGCUGCAGAGUAAACAAGCCACCCUAUCCAGGAUGACAGAGAGUGUGAGUCGUCUGACUGCGGGCCAGGACAGCCCGGAACAUGGAGAGAUAGGGCGUCUGAGCCAUGCCUGGCUGGGGCUGUUUCACCAAGCUAACAGGCUGAAGGGCCAGAGACAGGAGGACCUGCAGAGGAUCCAGGAGUACCACAACUGCAUCACAGCCAUGGAAGCACUUUUUGAGCAAAUGUCUAAGGAGUGGGAUAACCUGGCCAGGACUGAUGCUGAAAGUUCAUCUGAGCACUUGGAGGCGCUGAAGAAACUUGCCGUAGCUCUCGGAGACCAGAAGGGAACUCUGGAGGACCUGAAGGAUCAGAGGCAGAAAGUCACCCACCACCUGAACCUGGAUGACAAGGAGCUGGUGAAGGAGCAGAUCAGCCAUUUUGAGCAGCGCUGGGUUCAGCUGCAGAGCCUCAUCAACAGGAAGAUACAGGACUCAGUGCUGACCUUGGAGGACAUGGCCAAGGUGGAGGCCCGUCUAAGGGAGGCCAGGGAGUGGGCCGAAGAGCAGCAGCCAGGCCUUUCUGAAGCCAUGAAGAUGAGUCCUCCUCCAGAGUUGGCCCAAAGCUUCCUCUUCGACCACCUCAGCAUUUGCAGCGAACUGGAGGCCAAGCAGCUGCUUCUGGCCCAGGCCAUGAGUGAUGCUGACCGUGUCCUGGCUCACCUGGGGCUCAACGAGUGCCAGCGCCUGCAGCAGCUCAUUUCAGACACUCGGUCCGAGGUGGAGUCACUCAGCGUGAAGGUGGCUCAACGCAGGAAGCACCUCAGCAAGGCCUUCACUGAGAGGACCCAGUUCCUGCAGGCUGUCAACCAGUCCAUCACCUGGGUCCAGCAGAAUGAGAAGAAGGCCCAGGCGGAGGAGUACAUUGCACUGCUACCUGACGACCUGGCCAAGCAGGUUAAGGCCUGCAGGAACAUCCAGAGCAGGCUGAAGGCCUACCAGAGCGAGCUGACCUCCCUGUGGUCUCAGGGCAGAGACCUGAUGAAGGACGCCACGCAGGACGAGAAGGUGGAGAUGCUCACCAAGCUGCAGGAGCUGCAGAACAUCUUUGAAAAAGCCCUGCAGAAAUGUGUCCAGAGGCUCCAAGAACUGGACAAGGUGCUUGUCUCCAGGAAGUACUUCAAGGCAGACAUGGAAAAGACGUGUCAGUGGCUGAAACAAGCAGACAUUGUGACCUUCCCUGAGAUCAACCUCAUGAAUGGCGACUUAGAGCUGACCGUGCAGCUUUUGAAGUACCGGCAGAUAGUAGAGCAGGCGAUGGAAUAUGAAAACCUCUUACUGAUCGUCCAGAGAACUGGUCAGGAGAUCCUGCCCACUCUGCAUGAAGUGGACCACUGUUACUUGGAUGAGAAACUCAAUGCCCUGCCACAGAAAUACAACAGCAUACUGGCUCUGGCCAAAGAGAAACAGGAAAAGAUCGAGCAGGCCAUCCUAGCCAGAAAGGAGUAUGCCUCCUUCAUAGACGUGACUCAUAAAGCAUUGAAAGAGCUUGAGGAGCAGUUCCAUAACUUAGGGUUGCAGCCUGUUGGUCUGCAGACAGAGGAGGUUGUGAAUUUACUGAGUGACUACAAAGCUCUUCAGGUAGAUCUGGGCAACCUUGGUCUGGCUGUCAGUGAACUGAACCAGAAGAAAGAAGGCUUCCGCAGCACCGGUCAACCCUGGAGACCUGAAGAGUUGACCCAGCUGGUGAGUCUUUACAAUGGGCUGAAGAGGCUCAUCGAACAGCGGGUGGAGCAUCUCAACGACACACUGGAGUCCUUCGAGGACCACAAGGCCAUGGCCAUGCAGGUGGACUCUGAGCUAAAGGCUACCAAAGAAGAGCUAGUCAAGGUCAAUGCAGAGACCCAGUCGGCGGAGGAGAGGCUGAAGAAUUACCAUGCCCUGGCCGGGAGUCUUCAGAGCGCCAGCUCUCACCUGUCCAGACUCAUGGAGCAGAUGGAUAACUUGGCUCCUCAGCUGGACAAGGCUGCCCAUGAUGCUUCCAGGGAACAGGUGGUCCUUUGGCAGGAGGAGCUGCAGUCCCUACAGUCUGCCGUGGGGGAGCUGAUAGUGGAGUGUGAGAAUAGGUUUGUCCAGAGUAAAGACUUUGAGACAGAGGUGAAGAGAACGCUGGACUGGCUGCAGCAUAUCAGGGAUGAGCUGGGCUGUGCUGUGGUAGUGGUGGACGUGAGGGUAGAAAAGGUCCAGGAAGAGAUCAGGAAACAGCAGAUAAUGCAGGAUGAGGUUCAUUCCAGGCUGAGGAUCGUGGAGGCCCUGAGCAGUAGGGAGAAACAGAAGUACACCAGCGCCAACGAACUGGUCCCAGCCCACGUUGACCUGAGCCUGGAGGAGAUGGCCAAACUACAGGCUGAUGUACAGCAAGCAAUGAGUUCCAAACAGAUCACCCUGGAGCAGGCCUUGGCGUUGUGUCAGAAGUACCACUUCCGGAUGCAGUCUGCGUGUGAGUGGCUGGAGGAUGCUGUGGCCUUCCUACAACUGGCCAGUCUGGGGGUGGACGUAGAGAACUAUGAAGAGUGUCUCCGCCAGCAGGAGGACAUCCUGGCCUCAGAGCAGAAGUUCCUAGACCACCUGCAGGAGUUGGAGGCUCUGCCCCCCCAGCUGGAGAACCUGGUGAACCCCACAGCCAAGGAACAGCUCAGACUGAAUGUGGAGUCUGCUCAGCAGAGAGGAGUGGAGGUCCGAGAUCAGCUGCAGAAUCACCAGGACGUCCUGAUCAGCUGUGGGGCCAAGUGGAAGUCUUACCAGGAGGCGAGGCAGACGGUGAUUGAACUGAUGAACGAGGCAGAGCAGAAGCUGACUGACUUUUCCACCGCCAAGGCUGCCACCUUUCUGGAGGCCGAGGAGAAACUCAGGAGUCACAGGUCCCUGGUGUUGAUGGUGAAUGGGUUCCAGGAGAAGCUGACAGGGCUGGAGGAGCAGGCAUCACAACUGGAGCUGGUGGGUAGUGAGGCCAGCAAGGCCACCAUCAGCCGCUCCAUGACCACGGUGUGGCAGCGCUGGACCCGGCUUCGCAGCGUGGCGCGAGGGCAGGAGAGGGUACUGGAGGACACGGCCCAGGAGUGGGGGACCUUCAGAGAGAAGAUGGUGAAGCUGAGGAGCAUGGUGGAGGAUCUACAGAGCCGUAUUAUAGACUGUGUUGUGGAGAAGGCCUCCAAGGCUACCCUACAGUCUGUGUUGGACCAGCAUGAGCUGCUAAUCCAGGAUGUAGAGGGAGAGCUGUCCUCCCUCACCCUGCUGCGUCAGUAUGCCCUCAGCCUGCUCCAUGAUGUGGAGGUCCCUUCACCAUCGCCCACCUCUGGACAGGACGAACUACCCAGUCUAAAGGAGAUCAGAGCAGUACAAGACCACCUGGAAAGUCUGCUGCAGCAGGCGCAGACCAAGCGUACCCAGGCUGGGGUGGAGCUGAGGGACAGAGAGGGGGUAGAGAAGAACCUGAGUGUGGUCAAAGCCUGGAUCCAGGAGACCAGGGAGCUGCUCCCCAACCCCACCUCAGAUAUAGAUGCUCUGCUGCAGGAGCUGGAGGUGGUUCACAGUGAUGUGAUUGGCUACUGUCAGCAUGUGGAUAAGAUAGCAGAGCAGCAGCAGAGCAAGUAUCUGGACCUGUACACCAUCCUGCCCUCAGAGAUCUCCAUGCAGCUGGCUGAGGUGUCCCUAGCACUGGGGGCCAUCCAGGACCAGGUUCUGUCCAAAGAGAAAGAGAUCCAGAAGACAAGAGACAUCAAGGAGGACAUCAGUUCCAGGAUCCAUGACGUGUCGGAGAAGAUGAAAGCCAUCUCCACCAGUCUCAAUGACAAAGCCAGCGAUGUCCAUCACGCUAAAGACGAGACCAAGUGUCUUUGUGAUGAUCUGGAGAGCUGUCAUCGGACUCUGUCAGAGCUGGAUGCUGCGGUCCAGGAGUUCGGCAGACGGAACCCCAUCUUGGCCAAACAGCUGAGUGAUGCCAUCGUCAAGUUAGGAGACAUCCACCACCACACUGCCAGACUGGCCGAGUGUAGAUCCAUCUGGCUCAAAACGGCAGGGACCCAUCUAGAGGAGUACAAUGAGAUGCUGGACUUCAUAGUGAGGUGGUCGGAGAAAGCCAAGGGCCUGGUGAGGGCCAACAUCAUCUGGAACUCCUCCUCUCAUCUGCAGGAACAGAUAAGGAUGGACGAGUCCGUGCUGCGUGAAUCUGGAGAGCUCCAUGGGGACCUGCAGGCCAUGGGAGAUAAGGUGGAUCUGCUGUCUGAGGUGCUGCAGACGGAGAACAUGUCCCAGCAGGUGUGUGAGCUGAGCCGCCACACCGAGGAGCUCCAGCUGACCAUUAGGACACGACUGCAGAGCCUUCAGGACGCAGCCAAGAGUAUGGAGCCUCUGGAGUAUGAGGUGAAGACCCUACAAGUGGCUCUGGAACAGGUCCAAGCUACACUGACCUCUCCUGAUCUUGUCCGACAGAGUCUCAAAGAACAACUGGCCCAGAGACAGCGUCUGCUGUCAGAGAUGGAGGGCUUCAAGCUGCAGGUGCAGGCGGUGCAGCUGUGUCAGAGCGCCCUACGCGUCCCAGAGGAGGUGAUGCCUGACCUGGCUAUCUGUCACACGGCACUGGGCCUACAGCAGGAGGCCAGCCAGCUACAGCAUGUCGUAAUACAGCAGUGCAACAUUCUACAGGAGGCUGUUGUGCAGUAUGAGCAGUAUGAGCAGGAGGCGAAGCACUUCCAGGGGCUGAUAGAGGAUGCCCACAGGGUCAUCCAGGACCGACCCAUUCCCACCAGCACUAUCCAGGAACUGCAGGCUCAGAUCCUACACCAUGAGGAGCUGGCCCAGAAAAUCAAGGGUUACCAGGAGGAGAUAGCCAGUCUGAAUUCGAAGUGUAAGAUGCUGACUGUGAAGGCCAAACAUGACACCAUGCUACUCACUGUGAGUGACACGGAGCGGGUGGGGCUUACCGUGGAGGACCUGGAUGGAAACAUAGACAAACCAUCUGUUCUUAUGAUGACGGCUGGCCGCUGUCACACCCUUCUGUCCCCAGUCACCGAGGAGUCUGGGGAGGAGGGUACCAGCAGUGAGAUCUCCUCUCCUGUCUGUCGCUCCCCUUCUCCUAGCACUCACACACAGAUGGGACGAGACACCCUCCCCAGAGCUCCCGUACAGGAGCUAAAUGACCCGAUGUUUGAAUCUGAGGCUAACCUAGAUGACCUUCAACGCUCCUGGGAGACCCUGGAGAAUGUGAUCAGUGAGAAGCAGAGGUCUCUGUAUGAGGCGCUGGAGAAGCAGCAGUGCAACCAGGGUUCUCUUCAGUCUAUCUCCUCUAAGAUGGAGGCCAUCGAGGCCAAACUCAAAAAGCCACUGGAGGCUGACUGGAGCACAGAUAGUCAUAUGGAAGCCCAUGACCUCUCGACUGUGGUGGAGGAGGUCCAGAGGCUGCAGGAGGAGAUAGACAAGCUGCAGACCAGCUUCUCAGACGAGCUUGGUUCUGAUGCUGUGGACGACACGGCCCACCAGCUGGCCAUGCAGUCCACCCUCACUGUCCUGUCUGAGAGGAUGGCCACCAUACAGAUGAAGGCCUCAGGAGAACGACAGCUACUGGAGGAGCGUGUCAGUGACCGUCUAGAGGAGCAGCAUCAGGAGCGUCUCAGUGACCGUCUAGAGGACCAGCAUCAGGAGCGUGUCAGUGACCGUCUAGAGGAGCAGCAUCAGGAGCGUGUCAGUGACCGUCUAGAGGACCAGCAUCAGGAGCGUGUCAGUGACCGUCUAGAGGAGCAGCAUCAGGAGCGUGUCAGUGACCGUCUAGAGGAGCAGCAUCAGGAGCGUGUCAGUGACCGUCUAGAGGAGCAGCAUCAGGAGCGUGUCAGUGACCGUCUAGAGGACCAGCAUCAGGAGCGUGUCAGUGACCGUCUAGAGGAGCAGCAUCAGGAGCGUGUCAGUGACCGUCUGGAGGAGCAGACCUUACGACAUUACCUCAACCAAGCCAACCAGAUGGACCAAUGGCUGCUCAGCACCCGCGAAGCCCUCCGUCCCAGUGCUGAGGAGGAGCAACUCAUAGACGGCCAGAACAUGCUGCAGGAGAUAGAGCAGAAGGUGGUGGCCCUGUCGGAGCUGACCAUGCGCAGCGAGAGCCUGCUUCUGGAGGGAAGGCAGGAGACGCGGAUGGACAUGAGGGAGGACACAGAGCAGCUGGCCAGGAAGCUGCGGACGCUGAAGGGAAGUCUGCUGGAGCUGCAGAGGAUGCUGCAGGACAAACACAUCAACAUCCAGGACCAGGAGGAGAGUGAGUCUGACUCCACUCUGUCUCAGGGGCCCAUCGUGCAGGACUGCCUGGUCCAGGCCCAUGCCACACUCUCACAACACCACCAGGACAGCCUCCAGAGACAGAGGGAGCUGGAGGAGCAGCUAGUUGAACAGAAGAAGCUGUUACAGUCUGUAGCCAGUAGAGGAGAGGAGAUCCUGAUAAAGCAGGCCUCACCUAGCAGUGUCAGUAUGACGGAGCCCUGCUCUCCAGAGAUACUGCUGGAGCGAGAGACCCGGGCUGCCCAGUACCAGAUGAGACAGAGGUGGGAGAGCCUGAGGAAAGAACUGAGCACCAAGCUCCAGCUCCUACAGAAAACCCUGGAACAAGACCACAAGCAACAGGUUUCCUCCAGAACUACCGCUGGGACACUGUUUAAAGCAGAGAUCUGUAAAACAGAGGACACAUCUUCACUGAAGAUGUUAUAUGAGGGUUUCAGCCAAACGAUGGAGGAGAUGUCUUGUCAAACUGGGGCCUCUGAGGGUAAGGUGAUCCCCAUGGAGCAGCAUCUCUACCAGGCUGUGUCAGCGACCUCCUCCUGGCUGGAUGAUGUAGAGAACACCCUGUUCUCUGGUCCUACGCUGCUGACGGAGAACGCUGAGACACAGCUACAAAACCAGGAGGCCUUAGGGAGGGAUGUCAGUGAGGUCACUGGGGUGGUUAGCCACAGUCGGGGUCUCCUAGGCCAACCUACAGGGCUGUGUGCGGAGGACCAGGUCCUGUUAGAGGACACACUGGACUGUCUGACAGAGAGGCUGCAAACUCUGGACUCUGCCCUGGAGCGACGCUGUGAACACAAGAGGACUAGGAUGCAGGAACUCACUGCCUACCAGACGGAGUCACAGCUUGUCCUGGCUGAUUUAACCGACACCAAGUGCCAGAUCCUUCAGACGUUGGCGGGAGCCACGGACAGACCAGGAUCCAAACAGCUUGAGGUCAUAGCUGAGGCUGAGGAGGGUUUGAGAGAGUUUGAGCAGAGGAUCACCCAGCUGAAAACAAGAGGAACAGAACUACAGGCAGAACAGAUGUCCACCAAUGAGAUGCUCAAGCUACAGGAUGCCUAUGAGGAGUUGGUGAUGACGGUGGGCUCGCGGCGUAGCAGCCUGAACCAGAACAUGGCUCUGAAGGGGCAAUAUGAGAGGGCUCUGCAGGACCUGGCUGACCUGGUGGACACUGCUCAAGACAAGAUGGCCGGCGACCAGAGGGUCAUCGCCAGCUCUGUGGAGGAAGUUCAGAUUCUCCUUGACAAACACAAGGAGUUCUUCCAGAGUCUGGAGUCCCACAUGAUCCUGACGGAGACGUUCUUCAGGAAGAUCAGUGGCCUGGUGGUUCCCAGAGAGAAGCAGGCUCUGGAGGAGAUACUGACCCUGGCCCAGGGAGUCCUCAAACAGGCCCACAGGAGAGGGGUGGCGCUGGAGUACAUACUGGAGACUUGGAGCCGUCUGCUGCCAGACUACCAGGCUCUGUGUAUGCAGUUGGAGGCAGUGGAGGGUAGCAUCCCCACAGUGGGCCUGGUGGAGGAGACAGAGGAGAGCCUCACUGAGAGGAGUUCACUCUAUCAGAGUCUGAAGGGCAGACUGAUGGAGCACCAGCACAAGCUGAGCCAGGUGCUGGAGGAGGGGAAGAGGCUGCAGCUAUCUGUGUGCUGUCCUGGCCUGGACACAAAGCUCACAGUGCUAGGGGAACACUGGCUCAGCAACACUGCCAAGGUCAACAAGGAGCUGCAGAGACUAGAGGCCAUCCUCAAACAUUGGACCAGGUAUCAGAAGGAGUCAUCAGAGUUGAUUGGCUGGCUGCAGUCUGCUCUAGAACGUCUGGACUUCUGGAACAAUCAGGCAGUCGUAGUUCCACAGGAGAUGGAGACCCGCAGGGACCAUCUCUCUACCUUCCUGGACUUCUGUAAAGAGGUGGAGUCGCGUUCAUCUCUGAAAAAUUCUGUGCUGACUGAGGGCAACCAGCUUCUGAGGCUGAAGAGGGUUGGAACUGCAGCCCUGCGGUCUGACCUGGCCCGCAUAGACUCAGAGUGGACCCAACUACUUACACUCAUCCCAGGGGUGCAGGAGAAGCUACACCAGUUACAAAUGGAGAAGUUGGCCUCUAGGCAUGCCAUCUCUGAGCUGGUCAACUGGAUAUCUCUGAUGGAGAAUGUGAUUGGAGAGGACGAAGAGAACAUGAAAGGAGCAGUGGGUUCGACUGUCAUCCAGGACUAUCUACAGAAAUACAAGGGCUUCAGAGUUGAUGUGAGCUGUAAGCAGCUGACGGUGUAUUUUGUGAACCAGUCUGUGCUCCAGAUCAGUGAUCAGGAUGUGGAGAGCAGGCGCAGCGACCAGACAGACUUUGCCGAGAAGCUGGGAGUAAUGAACCGACGCUGGCAGUUACUACAGGGACUCAUCACGGAGAGGGUCCAGUUCCUGGAGACUCUGCUGGAGGCCUGGUUGAACUAUGAGAACAACAUACAGGGCCUGAAGACCUGGCUGCUCACUCAGGAGGGGAGGCUGAAGAGGAAACCCAGGAUAGAGGACCUAACCUCCGUACAGAACGCUCUCAAUGACUGCCAGGAGAUGGAGGAAAAGGUGAAGGAGAAGGAGGGUGAGGUGGAGCGGGUGGAGGAGCAGGCCUGUGCCCUCAUCCAGAACAAAACCGACGAGGCCUGCGCUGUCGUCAUGGAGACGCUCCAAGCUGUCAAUCACACCUGGGCUAACCUGGACCACCUGAUCGGCCAGCUGAAGAUCAGCCUCGUGUCAGUGCUGGACCAGUGGAGUCUGUACAAGUUGUCCUCAGAGGAGAUGAAUGGCUACCUGAUGGAGGGGAGGUACUCUGUGUCCCGUUUCCGCCUCCUCACCGGCUCCCUGGAGGCUGUACAGCUACAGGUGGAGAGUCUCCAGAGCCUACAGGAGGAACUGGAGAAGCAGGAGGGCAGUCUGAGGAAGUUUGGCUCUGUGACACACCAGCUGCUGAAUGAGUGCCACCCGUCUGUGUCCGACUCCCUCAACAAUACCCUGAAGGACGUCAACGCUAGGUGGAGCAGUCUCCUGGAAGAGAUCUCAGAGCGUCUGAAGAGCAGCAAAGCCCUGCUACAGCUGUGGCAGCACUACAAGGAGCUGUAUGGAAAGAGUAGCUCCAGUGUCCAGCUACAAGAGGAGCAGGCUGACCGACUCCUGGAGACCGCCUGCACCAAGGACAUCACAGACGAGGAGGUCUCCACCUGGAUCCAAGACUGCAGCGAGUUGCUUCGUGCCCAGGCUCCAGUGAAGGCAUCUCUACAGGUUAUUCAGGAGCUAGGAGAUCAGCUGAAGCAACAGGUGGACACCUCCACAGCAUCCGCCGUCCAGUCAGACCACCUCUCUCUGACCCAGCGCCUCGCCACUGUGGAGCAGGCCCUCAGCAGACAGCUCACUACACUACAGACGGGAGUCCAGGACUAUGAGACCUUCAGUGAGCAGCUGGGUUCCUUAGGUCGCUGGAUGGUGGAGGGAGAAGAGGCUCUGAAGAUCCAGGAUCCCAACAGUUCUUCUGACCUGUCCAUCAUACAGGACCGAAUGGAGGAACUCAAGAGACAGAUCUUGAGAUUCAGUAGCAUGGCUCAUGACCUGGAGCGUCUCAACGAGCUGGGCUACAGGCUUCCUCUGAACGACAUUGAGAUCAAACGCAUGCAGAACCUUAACCGUAGCUGGUCUGCAGCCAACGCCCAAACCACUGAGAGGUUCAGCAAACUCCAGUCAUUCCUGCUGCAGCAGCAGACGUUCCUGGAGAAGUGUGAGACGUGGAUGGAGUUCCUGGUACAGACAGAGAAGAAGCUGGCCGUGGAGAUCUCUGGGAACUACCAGAGUCUGAUGGAGCAGCAGAGAGCGCACAAACUAUUUCAGGCUGAGAUGUUCAGCCGUCAGCAGAUCCUCCACUCUAUAAUCAGUGAUGGCCAGAGGAUGCUGGCGCAGGGACAGGUGGAUGACAGGGAUGAAUUCAACCAGAAGUUGUUGCUGUUGAGUAACCAGUGGCAGGGCGUUGUGCGUCGCGCCCAGCAAAGGCAGGGUAUCAUCGACAGCCUGAUCCGCCAGUGGCAACGUUACAGGGAUAUGUCAGAGAAGCUGAGGAAAUGGCUAGUGGACAUCUCACACCCCGCCGAGGCCCUACUGGCUGGGGCGCCCGUACCCCUGCAGCAGGCCAGAUCCAUGCUGGAUGCAGUUCAGAUAAAGGAGAAGGUCCUACAGCGACAGCAGGGCUCUUACAUCCUGACAGUAGAAGCUGGGAAGCAGCUGCUCCUAUCUGCAGACAGCAGGGCAGAGGUGUCUCUGCAGGGAGAGCUCACAGACAUCCAGGAACGCUGGAGACACGCCACCAUCUGCCUGGAGGAACAGAGGCGUGAGCUGGACAAGCUGGACAAGGACUGGGAGACAUGUGAGAGAGGCAUCGAGGGUUCUCUGGAGAAGCUGAGGGAGUUCAAACGGCAGUUCUCUCAGUCCCUCCCUGAUCACCACGAGGACUUGCAAGUGGAACAGAUGCGAUGCAAGGACUUGGAGAAGACGUUUGACGGCUGGACAGAAGACCUAGCCCACCUGACGGUGCUGAGGGAGUCCCUGUCUAGCUACAUCAGUGCUGAGGACCUGUCUGUUCUACAGGAACGCAUGGAGCUUCUGCACCGCCAGUGGGAGGAGAUCUGUCACCAGCUAUCCCUGCGGCAGCAGCAGGUGGGUGAGAAGCUGAGUGAGUGGGCUGUGUUUAAGGAGAAGAACAGGGAGCUCAGUGAUUGGCUUACCCAAAUGGAGAGCAAGGUCUCUCAGAAUGGAGACGUCAGAAUCGAGGAGAUGAUCGAGAAGCUACGCAAGGACUACUAUGAGGAGAUAGCGGUAGCUCAGGAGAACAAGCAGCAGCUGUACCAGCUGGGGGAGAGACUGGCCAAGGCCAGCCAUGAGAACAAGGCAUCUGAGAUAGAACACAAACUCAGCAUGGUGGGCGAGCGCUGGCAACACCUGCUGGACCUCAUUGGAGCCAGGUUGAAGAAACUGAGGGAGACUCUGGUGGCAGUGCAGCAGCUGGAUAAGAACAUGAUUAGUCUGCGGUCCUGGCUGACCCACAUAGAGACCGAGCUGUCCAGACCCAUCCUAUACGACACCUGUGACUCCCAGGAGAUACAGCGGAAGCUGGACCUGCAGCAGGAGCUUCAGCGUGACAUCGAGAAGCACAGCACAAGUGUGGCGUCUGCGUUGAACCUGUGUGAGGUGUUGUUACACGACGGUGACGUCUGUGCCACGGACACAGAGUGUGAUUCCAUCCAGCAGACCACCAGGAACCUGGACCGCCGUUGGAGGAGAAUCUGUGCCCUGUCCAUGGAGAGGAGGCUCAAGAUUGAAGAGACAUGGCGUUUAUGGCAGGAGAUCAUAGAAGACUUUAUGCGUUUUGAGGAGUGGCUAGUGACCUCAGAGAAGACCGCUGCUCUACCCAACUCUUCAGGAGUACUGUACACAGUGGCCAAGGAAGAACUCAAGAAGUUUGAGGCAUUUCAGUGUCAGUCCCAUGAGAGCCUGACCCAGCUGGAGACGAUCAAUAAACAGUACCGCCGUCUGGCCAGGGAGAACCGCACAGACUCCUCCUGUCGCCUCCGGGAAAUGUCCCACGACGGGAACCAGCGCUGGGAUAACCUGCAGAAGAGGGUGGCCUCCAUCCUCCGCAGGCUCAAGCACUUUGUCAGUCAGCGUGAGGAGUUUGAGACGGCCAGAGACAGCGUCGUGGUGUGGCUCACCGAGAUGGACCUGCAGCUCACCAACAUUGAACACUUCUCAGAGUGUGACAUCCGAGCCAAGAUCAAACAGCUACGGGCGUUCCAGCAGGAGAUUUCUCUGACCACGGGGAAGGUCGAGCACAUCUUCCACCAGGGAGAGGUGCUGCUACAGAAGAGUGAGCCUCUGGACGCUGCUGUUAUAGAGGAUGAGCUGGAGGAGCUGAGGAGAUACUACCAGGAGGUGUUUGGACGCGUGGAGCGUUACUAUAAGAAGCUGAUCCGACUACCGCUGACAGGAGAAGAGUACGAUGUGUCAUUCUCGGACAAGGAGAUUGAACUGGAUGAACCUGGGGACCUGUCCAGCAUUCCCUGGAAUGAACGUCUUGGAGACUGCCUGAGCUCCCCUCUGCCCUCCCUGACUGCCCCCCUCCGUACUGGGGCUGAGCGCUCGGGCAUGGGCACCCCAGCCAGCAUGGACUCCAUCCCCCUGGAGUGGGACCAUGACUACGACCUGAGAAAGAGGCUGGAGAGUGCCAGCGGGGCUCUCGGCCUGGCCUCUGAGCACGAGGAGCACGGAGAGGAGGGGAGCUACCAGGGAUCAGCUUCUGCUUCCGCUCUGUCAGGAGAGGGAGGUACUCUGGACAGCCACAUCCUUCAGUUAGACAGGGUUCUGGACCCCAGCCAGUUACACCUGCAACAGACAGAGAACGUCAUCCGCAGCAGAACCCCCACCGGGCCAGAGCUGGAUGCAUCAUACAUGGGAUAUAUGCGUCUACUGGGAGAGUGUCGUAGCAGUAUAGACACGGUGAAGAGGGUUGGCUACGAACUGAAGGGGGAGGGGGACAAGGCCUCAGGACUUGCUGACCCCAUUGAUGAUGAUUCACAAACAGCAGGUGUGAUACAGCGCUGGGAGUUGCUGCAGGCCCAGGCCCUCAGUAAAGAGAUGCGUCUGAAGCAGAACCUUCAGCAGUGGCAGCAGUUCAACUCUGACCUCAACGCUGUGUGGGCGUGGCUGGAGCAGGCAGGGGAGGAGCUAGAGCAGCAACGGAGGCUGGACCUCAGCACCGACAUCCAGACCAUCGAGCUGCGCAUCAAAAAACUGAAGGAGCUGCAGAAGGCUGUUGACAAGCGUAAGGCCACAGUGCUGUCCAUCAACCUGUGCAGUGCAGAAUUUGUCCAGUCCGCCACAGAAGAGUCCCAGGACCUGAAGGCCAGGCUGAAAGAGAUGAACAACCGCUGGGACAGAUUGGGCACCUCUCUGGGAGAGUGGAGAGCAGCGCUACAAAAGGCCCUUAUGCAGUGUCACGACUUCCAUGAGAUGAGUCACGGCCUGCUACUGUGGCUGGAGAACAUUGACCGCAGGAGGAAUGAGAUCGUUCCCAUUGACCCCAUCCAGGACAGCAACACCCUCCAUGAGCACCACAAAACACUCCUGAAAAUCCGCUGUGAGCUGCUAGAAACCCAGAGGAAGGUGUUGUCCCUGCAGGACAUGUCCCUGCAGCUGCUGGUCAACAGCGAGGGCAGUGACUGUCUGGAGGCCAAGGAGAAGGUUCACGUCAUCGGGAACCGCCUCAAACUGCUCUUCAAGGAGGUGACCAGAGACCUCAAAGAGCUGGAGAAGAUUCUGGACAUGAACAGCAGCCAACAGGAUCUGUCUACGUGGUCGUCAGCUGAUGAGCUAGAGUCUGGUUCCAUAAGCCCGGUGUCGGGCAGGAGCACGCCAAGUCGCCGUCGAUCGCAACGGGGCAAAUGUAGUAUGUCACAGCAGACCUCUGGACCCUCUGUGAGCAGUCCACACAGAUCACACAGGUUUCCCGUCGCUGGGUCCGCUUCCUCCCCUUCUGAGGCAGAGAGGAAAUCAUCACUGUCAUCGUCACGUUUCCUGUACCACGUCCUAUGGGUGGCGGUGCCCCUCCAGUUGCUAUUCCUCUUGCUGCUGGUGGUCAUGGUCUGCCUGGUGCCAGUGUGUGAGGGGGAUUUCGACUGCAGCCAGUCCAAUAACUUUGCCCGUUCCUUCCACCCGAUGCUACAAUACACCAACGGGCCCCCUCCUGUAUAGUCUUUCAUGACAGACCAAACAUUUGGUUCUGGGUGCCGAGCGAGAUUACAGCCUGGCCCUUGGUAUGGAGACGAACCUGAGGAGGAUAGUUGGGCUUUUUGAACUUCAUGACUGUUGUGGAUUUCAACUCUAUGGGUCUCUCUCUUGAAGUUUUUUCCCCCAAUAACAGUGCGGGAACUGUUUCAAUGCUCCGCUAGUUUGCAGCUUCCAUGAAGAAUAGAGAUAUGGCGUUCCGUCAUUCUGCACCUUGUAUAAGCAAGCAUCAUAGGAUGCCAAAACCUUAGUUGGAUCUUCUUUGUUCUGUAUGGAUGAAGUACAGCAGCACUCUUGUCUUUUCACUCGUGUCUUCUUUUAGUUUUCUGUUAUGUUGUAUGUAUAGACGAAGAAACGUCUUAGGGGCAGCAAAUGUAAGAACCCAAAAUGAUUGUGACGGCAGUCAGUGGAUAUCCCCUGGAUACCUGUAAAGGUACAUGCCAUGUGUUGACAUUUGUCCUCUAGUUCAAUGCAGAGCAUAUACUCUGUGAAUGUGCCUGUUGUAACAAUUGAACACUUGUGAAAUAACAUUUUAAGAUGACUUAUAUUGCAAUCUUUUUUUUUUUACAUGUGUUGUGGCAUGCGGUUAUGAUCUUUGCUUAUGGGUUUGUCCGUGAUGAAUAUUUGAUUUUUAAUCUGAAUUAUACCUGGGUGUAAGAAUCUAUUUAGUCUGAAUUGUGUAUUGAAUGUGUAUGUAAAGGAAAGGCUGUAAUGAAGAGUUAUUUGCUAUAAACUGUUUAAAAGCAUAAGAAACAUUAAAAAUAAUGAACACUCAUUUUUAUUUUUCUAGCUGAAAAUAUGUAUUCUACAAACAAACUAUUAAUCAACAGUAUAACGAAUUAUAAAUCUGUAUAUUUUCUAUGGCUCUGUGUGUUUAGUAUUAAAUGUACAACAGUCCAGGAUUACUUAACAUAUUCUGUACAUAAUAUAAAUGUAUAGCAAUAAUCUAUAUCUGACCCUAAAUUACAAAUAUUGAAUGCCAAAUUCUCA